AUGCUCUCACGUGUUGCUGCAGUGAUGGCACUCCGCACACACAACCAUCGCCGCGUGACCGGAUCCGGCGGAAGGAGGAGGGAAGGAAGAGAGAGUGAGCCGCAGAGGCCCAACAUGUCCCGGAGUGUGUUUGCUUCCGCGGUGCUGCUCCUCCUUGUCGUGAUGAUGUGCUGCGGCACUGGUGGAGGUGCACAAGCUGCGGAGCCGUCGUCUGGUCCAAAGUUUAAAUGGAAGUACAUCACCGAGGGUGGUGUUACUGUGGAGUCGUUGGAUGCUCCCGGCCUUUUGAAAGUGGGGAGUGAUGUGUUUGCCGUUGCCGAGGCGCAGUGCAAGAACAAUGAUAAGAGCGUCUUUACUGGCAUUGCAUCCCAACUACUCACGAUGGAUAAGGAUAAAGAAAAGGAGGAAGUGAUGAAGGAUGCCAGAGUGACACAGUUUCUGGAGGAAGACACUUCCGAAGGCCCAAAGAAGAAAGUAGAUGUGAGCCGACCAACAACAAUUGUGAAGGGAAGUGAUAUUUACAUGCUUGUUGGAAAAAACAGCCGGAAAGAUGCCGUUCCUGAUGAUCAGGCAGGUGAAUGGGGACUUUUGCUGGUGAAAGGGAACGUCAGUGAAGAAAGUGGCGGUGGCAAAAGAAUCAAAUGGAGCGAUGCCAACGCUGUUCCGCGGACAACUGUUCGCGAACUAGAUUUGUGGACAGAGUUAAUUGGCGGCGGUGGAUCGGGCAUUAAGAUGCAUGAUGAUACGCUUGUGUUCCCCGUGGAAGGCACGAAAAAGGAGGGUGAAAAGGCCGUAUCGCUGCUCAUAUACACCUCCGAUAACGCUGCGAGUUGGAAGCUGUCGAAGGAGGUUCCUGACGGUGGCUGCAGUGAUCCCUCCGUUGUGGAGUGGGAGAAGGACAAAAAACUCAUGAUGAUGACUGCGUGUGAUGAUGGCCGCCGCAGGGUGUACGAGUCCGGUGACAAGGGGGAUUCGUGGACGGAGGCACUCGGGACACUCUCGCGCGUGUGGGGCAACAAAAAGGGUGCAGGAGCGAAGGGCGUUAGAAGCGGGUUCAUCACAGUGGCUCUUGACGGUGUUGAUAAUAAGAGAAAUGUGAUGCUCGUUACUCUGCCGGUGUAUUCCGAGAAGACUGAUAAAAAAGAAAACGGAAAGGGAAAACUCCAUCUUUGGCUGACGGACAAUACGCACAUUGUUGAUAUUGGGCCGGUAUCCGAUGAUGACGCUGCCGCCAGCUCCCUGUUGUACAGAAGUGCUGGAAGUGGAACUAAUAAGGAGGAGAAGGAGUUGAUUGCACUCUACGAGAAGAAGAAGGGCGCUGAAGACAAACCAUCACACAGUAUGGUCUCUGUGCGUCUGACUGCGGAGCUGCAGCGUGUGAAGGAUGUGCUGGCGACGUGGAAGGAAGCGGACGAAACUGUCUCCAAGCUGUGCCCCUCAAGUGCUGAGAAGGAUGGCUCACCUGAAGAUGCCUGCAGCCCUACAGUUAAGAUCACGGAUGGGCUGGUUGGCUUUUUGUCCGGCAACUUCUCUAAUGACACAUGGAGGGACGAGUACCUCGGGGUGAACGCCACAGUAAAGAAGAAAGAUGGGGAAACAGAUGAUGCAGGGGCAACAAAGACUUCCGAUGGUGUGCAUUUCCAUGGAGCGUGGGCGGAGUGGCCUGUUGGCAGUCAGGGGGAGAAUCAGCUGCAUCACUUUGCGAACUACAACUUCACUCUUGUGGCAACGGUGUCCAUCGACAAGGUGCCGGAGGGAGACACUCCCAUUCCUUUGAUGGGUGUGAAGAUGAAUGGUGCAGGGAAGACUGUACUUCUGGGACUGUCGUACAAUAAAGAAAGGAAGUGGCAGGUGCUGUGCGGUAACGGAACUUCUACUGAGCUCAGCAGCGGCUGGGAGAAAGAGACACAGUACCAAGUGGUGCUUAUGCUACAGAACGGCACCCAGGGCUCCGUGUAUGUCAAUGGUGAGCGUGUGUGUAUGGGUGAGCAACGUGAAAUGAGGGACGCAGAAUUGAAAGAGAUUUCCCACUUCUACAUUGGGGGAGAUGGAGGGGAUGGAGAAAACGCAGACAACAAAGAAGGCGUGUCUGUGACUGUGACGAACGUCCUGCUGUACAACCGCCCGUGGGAUGAAGCGGAGAUUACUGCGCUUAACCCGAAUAAAGCCCCUACUCCAUCUCAGGUGAAUGAGCCUUCUCAGGGAACCGCGAUUCGAUCUUCUCCUGGUGGUCAAGGAAAGGAGGAACAGAGACAGUCGUUGGGGAGCAAUGGUGUGAACGGUGCAUCCGCACCAACAGUGUCCAGUGCCAAGACUUCCUCAGGAGGAGAGGGGCCUGCAAUCCCGUUGGCGUCAGAAGAAUCUUUCGAUGGAAGCAAAAAUGUGGGUGUCGGUUCUUUUUCUGAUGGCGACCCAACGGUGGAGACGGCGGAAGGAACUGAUGCGCAGAAGGAGGAGAUCCAUGCACAGGUCGGGGAAAUGAAUGCUGCGGCACUCAGCAGCAGUCUCGGAAAUUUGUCGCAGGUGAAUAACAGCGAUGCCGGCACUGUGUGUGGGAGCGGACUGCUGCCGCUUCUCCUUCCGUUGGGGCUGUGGGUGUUCGCGGCUCUGUGA